CUUUAAAAAAAACAGCAUUCAGCACUCUGGUGAUUUAAAUAAACAAAUCCAACAGACUUAUUUAAUUUAAAUGAAACAGCUUCGGUCAUCCACCAGCGUCACGCGUCACUGUCCUCCAGGCUGCUCCUCAUUCAGUCUUUGUUCACUACCUGUAAAAAUAUAGGGAGAGUGGAAGUAUCUAACGCUAGAACUAACUCAUAGACUAGCACCCAUUAACAUAUAAUCAUACAACAUCAGAAGAAUCAGCAAAUAUCAUUAUCAAAUACCUUGAUCGACUAUUCAUUUAUAUUCAGUUCCUGUUGUUCAUCCCCCGAGGCCACGCUUGAUGAAACCCAAAGAGAAUCCUCAAUGGGCGGGUUGGAGCCCCUACAAAGGAAUCCCUAGGUAGGCUAAUGACUCUCGUACAUACGUUUUUAACCCAAGACCUGUGAGUUAUGCGAAGCUCGCCCCACCAGGCAUAAUCCUAAAUCUUAAUCCUUAUGAGUUUAGUUUAACUCAGACUUUCCUAGAUAUACCAGGUGGCUUAUUUCCAUAAUCCAAUUUAAUCACAUAAUUAUCCUUACUCCAUUCAUUAAUUUAAACAAUGGAUCAGAUUAAUUUGUAGUCCUUAUUCAUAUCCUAGAGGCAUAAUAUAGAAGAGAGCCUGAUUGCAACGUCUUGAGGAUCAUGGGGUCAAUCUACAAUUUUAGAAACUUAAAUCCAAAUCCUAUUGUCAAAGGAGUACCCGCUACCGGCCCGGCAUGUCUUCCUCUUCUGCAAACCGGAACGAGGGACAGUCCUCAAACCAGCGGCGGCGAACUUCUUGUCCAGCAGCGGUGUCACCCGCGACCCGAGCGGCGAUCAGUACCGGCGGCCUCCAUGGUCGGAGACACAGCAGCGGGAAUCCGACAGUAGCUUCGUCCCGUGUCGACAAGCCGGCGCGGCAGCAACCCUCGAAGAUAGCAGCGGCCAGAGAACCAAAUACAGAGCAAAACAGAACGAGGGAGCAAAGCAGGAGAAGAAAGAACGGAACAGAUCGAAGAAGCAAGGCAGUAACAUUUCAAUCCAAAAUCCAAGUUCAAUCACUCAGUUAAUUCAACAAUUCAAUUCACCAAUCCAACACCAAUUGCACAAAAAUAUAUUAAUAAACCCUAAUCUAUGAAUUAACUCUAACGAGAGAUAAAUCACUCACCUCGAUAGGCAAAGAUUUACAAAUUAGAUGGUAAAGGAUUUCCUCCGGCGAAGUUCCGACGUAGUUCCGGCGACCUCUCCUUGGCCUGAUCGGCGAAGAGAAAUAAGGAGGAAGAUGAUGACGAUGUUCGGCCGCAUGCUUUGUUUUUAAAGAGGUGGAUUAGGCUUGUGUUUU